CUGACAGUUCUAAGGGCGAGAGCCGUGGGGGCCUCCGCGGAAGGCUGGGAGGAAUUCCGAGAAAAGGGUGUUCGGGCGCCGUAGACGAUCUCAGCCCGAGGUCUCCGAGAAGCGGGGGUGGAGGCACGGGACAGGCGCCCGGGUGCGGCCCGGGGACACCUGUCUCUGCUAUCUCUAUCCUCCGGCGCGCGCCCUCCGCCCGCAGGAGCUGGGCCGCGGGGGCGGAUGCCCAGAGCAUGCGCACCGGCUCUGCUGCGGGCGGGCGCCGAGUCCGGGUGCGGGAACCCGGGGCGGCGCGAAGCUGGGCCGACUGCCGCCCCGCGUGCCCAUGUACGCCUUCUACUCUCUGCUCAUCUACAUCUUCUACAGCCUCUUCCGCAGGGAUGGCGGGGCCGCGGCGGCCGCCGACCCCAGGGACCCCGCCCAGAGUGCCCGCUGCAAGACGGGGGGUCGCCGGCGCGCCCCUGACCAGUCCGCCGCGGAACUGUGGACUGAGUUGACCGGCUUGGUUGGCUGCUCUGAGUCUGAGGAUGGGUCGGGACGCGGAGCGGAGGGCGGCGCGGCCGAGGUCUCCCUGGAAGAGGCUCUUGUGCGUCUUGCGGAGUUUCUCUCCGUCCAGCUGGGGGCGGAAGAGAGCUGCGAGUACCCUCUGGAUCUGAGCAAGCCUGGUGAUGUUCCCCCGCUGUUGACCAUGACUGGUCAGCUCUUGGCCCUCUUGGCGUGGAUUCGGAUCCCAAGGGGGAGGCAGGGCCCACCCCAGGGAAUUCAGCCAGCCUCGGGUGCGCAGGCCCCCACUCCAGCUGGACCCACAUCCCUAGAAGAAAGCCCUUCCCUUUCACUGAGAGGCGAGGCCCAGGGGCAGCAGCCGCCCCAAUUGGAGGAGGACCAGAGGGCUUGGCAGCGGCUGGAGCAGCUCAUCCUUGGGCAGCUGGAAGAGCUGAGGCAGCAGCUUGAGCUGCAGGAGUUGGAGCUGGGCCGACUGCGCCUGGGAGUGGGAGCGACAGACUCCGAGAAGAGGGUUCAGCGUCUAACCCUGGAGAAUGAGGCCUUGAAACAGAGCCUGACCCUCACUCAGAACCUCUUGAGGCACUGGGGUCCCAGCCCCCCUGCCAGGGCUCCCCAGGAGGAGGCAGAGGCACUGGUGGCGCUCCAGGGCCAGCUUCAAGAGGCCCAGGACACCACAGAAGCUCUCCGAGUCCAGCUGGGGGUGCAGGAGGUGCAGCUGCAGGGCCUUCGGGGGGCCCUCCGGCAGCUCCAGCAGGAAACUGAGCAGAACUGCCGAAGGGAGCUGCGGCAGGUGCACGGGCAGCUGGCAGGACUUCGGGCACACAUGGCCAGCCUGCGUCGGGGCUGUGGGGACCUCCGAGGCCUGGUCAGCACCUUUACCCAGAGCUGUCAGGGUUCACUGAGCGAGGCCCGGGGCCAGGUAUCCUGGGCCCUGGGGGCACUGUCAGCCAGUGGAGCUGGAACGCAGCUCCCCCAGGAGCAGCAGGGGCCCCCAAGUGGAUGCCCAGGGCGGCUGCUGGAGCUCAAGGGAAAUAUCCGUGUGCUGUGUCGGCUGAGGCCAGGGACACCCUCCAGCCUGGUGAGCUCGGAGCCCGGCCCGGGCGGCACUGUCACCACCUGCUAUCGAGGGCACCAGCACCGCUUCCGCCUGGACUGGGUCUUUCCUCCAGAUGCUAGCCAGGAGGAGGUCUUCAGGGAGCUGGAGCCCACUGUGCUGUCCUGUCUCCGAGGCUACAGUGUCUGCAUUUUCACCUAUGGUCAGACGGGGACCGGGAAGACCUACAGCAUGGAGGGCCCACCUGAGGACCCUGGCAUAGCUCCUAGGGCACUGCAGUCACUGUUCCGGGAGAUGAGGACAGGAGGGCAGCACCGUGUGACGCUCAGCAUGGUGGAGAUCUACAACGAGGCUGUCAGGGACCUCCUAGCCCCAGGGCCUCCCGAGCGUCUGGCUGUGAGGCAGGGCCCAGCAAGCCAGGGAGGAAUCCAGGUGGCUGGCCUCACCUACUGGGACGUGCCCGACCUGGAGACGCUGCACCAGAUGCUGAGCUUGGGGAGGAGCAACCGGGCUACCGCCGCCACCGCCAUGAACCAGCACAGCUCGCGCUCACACGCACUGGUCACGCUGACGCUGCGCGCGGCGUCCCCUCUGCGCGGCUCAGGCACCGCAGGCACGCUGCACCUGGUGGACCUGGCUGGAUCCGAGCGUGCCUGGAAGGCGGGGGCGGUCUGCUCGGCGCGGGGAGACCCUGACAGCGCCCAGCGUCUGCGGGAGGCCCGGACCAUCAACCGCUCGCUGCUGGCACUGGGAGGCGUAAUGGCCGCGCUGCGAGCCCGCCGACCACACGUGCCCUUCCGCGAUUCGCAGCUCACGCGCCUGCUGCAGCCCGCGCUCGGCCCUGGCGCCACCGCGGUGCUACUGCUGCAGAUCUCCACGCGGCCUGAGGACCUCGGCGAGACCGUGUGCUCACUCAAGUUCGCCGAGCGAGUGGGCCAAGUGGAGUUGGGGCCGGCCCAGCGCCGUAGGGCCCCGCGUUCCGGGACGCCCUCCUCCCUCAGCACCGAUACACCACUCACCGGGACCCCCUGUACCCCCACACCGUCCCCAGGCAGCCCGCCAAGCCCCGGCCCUGACAGCGGCUCCAGCUCGGCCCUCGCCCCGCCAGAGGACCUGCCCUCUUAGUCCUGCCCAAGGAAUCUGGGGUGGCGCCUCUGCCGGCAGAGGCAACAAAAUCCUUGAACACCCACAACCUCUUUGACCUCUGGGGCUCAUUACCCGCCCCGCUACCCCCACACACACUGCGAGGAAGAGUGCUCCGCCAGGGGGAACAAUUGCCUGCCCCCUGGGCCAGGCCCUCGGCUCUCUCCUUAUCACCAUUUGCUGUUAUCACAGCACAGCAGGGGAUCCCAGAGCUGCCCAGUCACCACCCCCCGCCACCAAAAAUCAGACUUGGCAUUAAAAUGUCGUCCGUUCCUUUACUGUACUCUUCCCCACUACCACCACCGAACCAGGUAUGGUACUCGUUCCCUAUGCCCUUUCCCCAAAAAGGUGCUACCUCCUUCCGAGACAGCUGAGGGAGGCUCGGACUUCUGGCUGGAGCAGCCAUGAGGUUUUCCCUCCCCCAGCCCAGAGCCAGGGGAGGGGAGGUGACAGAUGGUGAUGGAUGGAUGGGUAGACAGAGGGCCAGAGAAGGUGGGACCAGGAAGGGGACAGGAAGGGCUACUCUAAGUGGAGCCUGCUCCUCCCAGCCUUGCCUCCAGGGUAGGAGAGGCAUGACUGACCCUCAGGGCCAGGGUGGUGCCCACCUGGACAGCAGCCCUUUGUGGGGUAGGCUAAUAAACGUUGCGGACUCUCA